AUGGUCUCCGAGAUAGCCCAUCCUAGUCGGCUUCCGAUUGGUACAGGCUCUCACGACAUUCCGGUAGUAUUUGAGGUCCUUCUCCGUGCCCUCGUCGCCUAUGAAUCCAUAUGUCCCUUGCUACGACGGCUAUCACGUGAAUAUAGUUCGGUGGAUAAUAAUAAUUUCGAUAAUUUCUCCAACGAUAGAGCCGUUGACUAUGCAACUGCUCAGCCGGUUAACAUUUGA